AAGGUAGGGCGUGCUUUGAGCAGAGCUUGCAUAUGCUUUGAGAAUGCAGACAUUGUAGUUGCAGGCAGAAUGGAUAUCGCCAAAAUGUUUGCGAUACCUUUUGCGAUAUCUCUGAUCGCAAGUUUCGAUGGAGCUUUUGGAACUUCGUUUGUCAACGUUUCCAUUGCCGGCCUUGGUGUUGUGCAAGGAACAAAGAAUCAGAAUUUCGAGAUCUUCAAAGGAAUUCCUUUUGCCGAGGCACCGAUCGGAGAUUUGCGCUUCAAGCCACCAAAAUCUGCAAAAUGGAGCGGUUUUAGAAAUGCUACUCGGUUCGGAAAUAUGUGUCCGCAAAGAGAUUUUACAUCAAAAAGACUUAUUUUAAAUGAAGAUUGCCUUUACUUAGAUAUCUAUCGGCCUACAAAAAGGGCUGGAAAGUUAGCUGUUAUGGUAUGGAUUCAUGGUGGGGGAUUUAUCUUUGGCGCUGCAAGUCAAUACAGUGGACAUUUAUUAGCUUCUCUACACGGUGUCCUUGUAGUCACGAUCCAGUAUCGACUUGGUGUUCUCGGCUUCUUCAACUUGCCGAAUACGGACGUUAAAGGAAACUUUGGCAUGUUGGAUCAAAUAGAAGCCUUGAGAUGGGUAAAGAGACAUAUUGGCGACUUUGAUGGGGACGCCGGAAAAGUCACUAUAUUUGGAGAGAGCGCUGGCAGUGCAAGUGUCUCAUUGCUCACACUUUCGCCUAUGAUCAAAGAUGAGGGCCUUUUCUCUCGAGCUAUCGCCCAAAGUGGAGUUGGAAGCGGCUACUGGGCGGUACAGAAAGCUUCAAACGACAAUAUAGCAAGAAAUUUUGGCAAGUUGCUGCAAUGCAAUGACGUUAAAAAAUUGGUAUCCUGUUUGAAAACAAAGCCUACCAGUGAAAUUCUCUUAAAACAAGAUCACCUUGUUAAAGAAUCAACAUCAAUUCUCACAGCUCCAAAUGUAGAUGGUCAGUUCCUAAAAGAAUUGCCUUCAAAACUGGUUGCAGCUAAUGCCAUACCCAAUUCAAACGUGUCACUUAUAGUUGGGUUUAAUCAGAACGAGGGGACCUUUUUUUCACGUGAUCCCCGUAACAGUACAGAGCAGUCUUACGAAAAAAUGGUUAAAUUGGUAUCAAAAAUUUAUUUUGGCCAGGAAAAUAAAGUUUUGAAUACAGCUCUGCUCCACGAGUAUACAAAAUACCACGUGAGCAAUCUGGCUCUAAAAUGGUUUGAAAGCCUCUCUGACUUCCAUGGCGAUUCCCUCUUCGUUAUUGAUGUCAUAAACCUGGCAGACGCUUGGUUUAAAUCUGGAAACACUGUUUACAUGUAUUUGUUUUCUCAUUUGCCAGAUCACUUGAAAUUACCUUAUUUAAAGGUAACCCAUGGAUUAGAAAUAUCGUACGUAUUUGGUUUUGACAGUGUUGCACCUCAAUGGUCUUAUCAUAAAAAUUUAACAGAUGUUGAUCGAAAUGUAAGCAUUCAGUGUAUGGAGAAGUGGGUGUCUUUUGCAAAAAACGGAUUUCCAGGUAAAGGUUGGCCUAAAUACAGUUCAAAUACUAGACAGUACUUAAAUAUAAAAAAUCCUUUGACUGUUGAAAGUCAACCAUGGCCUAACAGGAUGGCCUUCUGGAACAAAGUUGCCCCACAAAUUCUUAACGGGACAGUUUCUUCUAAAUGUAAAGAUAACCCCAAAGCUUCGUCUCCAGCAGUUGAAGGAACUUUCGCUUUGUUGCUUGCAUGCUUUUUGUUUAAUAAACUUGUUUGAUGAUUAUGAUUAUAAGCGUAUCAUACAGCGUUUAUGAUUGCUAUUGGUAAAUUGCUAUUGGUAUAUGGCUAGUAUGAAUAUCCUACCCAAGGACACAGAAUAGGAAUCAGGCAGAAUGGGAACUCCAGCCCAUCAGGUGAAGCCUGAAAAUUCUAGCACAUGCGUUAACUUAUACGAGGCUAAGCAUGUAUCUGCAGGGGAAAUCUAAAAAGAAUGAAAAUAGAAAACGUUUUUGACACGGAAUAGCCUAUCAUAGUAAACAAAUUCAUACAUCGUUUUCUGAGGUAUAUCAAAAGAUAACUUUGCGUGCCAGUUUACUUUUAAUGAAAUCGAGGUUAAAGGGGAAUUAAGAAGUUCUACUGUUGACUCAGGCUUCAAGUUACUGUUUCAGGGGUGUACAUGCUAGGGGAGUCGUCAGGGUGUCAAUCAAUGUGUACUUUGUCGGUUCAUUUAACGAUAACUAGGUUCACAGAAUGAAUCUUCUGUAUGAGGAUUUUCUUGAUUCGACUAGUUAUUCUUGCAAAGCACUUAGUGGUAGUGGGAUUACAAUAAAAAAAUGAUUAAUCAGAUAAUGCACGCUUAUCAACAGAUUCAGAAAUCAAGCUUGCUGACUUAGAUUGUAUUGCUGAAAUUGCUUAUUAUAAACAUUACUUGUCACCAGAUCCCUCGAAGUAGCUAGAUAUGGUUUUUUCGAAAAAGGAAAAAUUGGAUACUCUGUGUAUCAACUGUGUAUCAAUUAAAUGUAUUAUGUUUUGUUCAUAAAAUAAAGAAAAUUAAUCCAA